AUGACCGCUACCCAAGCCUCGUUGCGAAAUUUGGAGAACCAAGUCGCUCAAUUAGCUUUGAAUCGAGAGAACCGCCCCCAAGGAGCAUUGCCAUCAAACACGGAGGACCCAAGAAAAAGGCAAAACGAGCAAGUACAAGCGGUGAGUUUACGUAACGGACGACAAUUGGAAGAAGCCCCUAGAAAGGAGACAAAUAGUGGAAAAAUAAAGGCAACCGAGGCAGCGGAAGAGGGCACAAACGUUCCGAGCGAAACUUCAAAGGCAACGGUCACACCGGCUCCACCCAUUCCAUACCCGCAAAGGUUCCAACCGCCAAAGUUGAAUGCCGAAUACCAAAGCUUUGUUGACAAGAUGAAGGAAAUCCGUAUCAAUAUCCCUCUCAUCGAAGCACUCCAACAAAUGCCAAAGUGGGUGAAGUUUGUCAAAGAACUCGUAACAAAGGGACAAAAAUUGCAAGGAAACGAGAUGAUUCAACUCACCGAACAGUGUAGUGCAAUUCUUACGAGACCUCUCCCUCAAAAACUCGGCGACCCAGGUAAGUUUACUAUCCCUUGUACAAUAGGAGAUAAAUUUUUCCGAUCACUCAUUGAUUUAGGGGCUAGCAUCAACCUUAUGCCUUUUUCUACAUAUAAGAGUCUUGGGUUAGGUGAAAUUGAACCAACGGCUAUAACAUUCCAAUUAGCCGAUAGGUCUCUAGUCUACCCAAAGGGGGUUUUAGAAGAUGUUUUAGUGAAGGUUGACGAAUUUAUUCUUCCUGCUGAUUUUGUGAUUCUUGAUAUGGAUGAAGAUAGAGAAAUCCCAAUUAUUUUGGGAAGGCCGUUUUUAGCUACUUCACGUACUGUUAUUGAUUGUGCUAGCGGGGAUCUCACCAUGACGGUGCAUGACCAAACUAUUAAAUUUAACGUUUUUAAUGCAAUUAAGCGUCCGCACAAUUCUUAUGAGUGUUUUUCUAUCGAUUUAGUGGAGUCUUGUUCUUUUGAAAAUUUUGAUUCGUUACACUUGGAUUCUUUGGAGGCAUCUUUGGUUGUAGGUAACGACUGUGGAGAUUAAAGAGUGGAGGAGCAAAUUUGUUGGUUAGAUUCCGGCGAUUUUCUCACCCGACAAAAGUUUGAAAGUUUGGAUUUGGCCACCCUUACCACCCCCAAGGCAUUCAAAAC